AUGGACGAGGACUCCUCUGAAUCCGACAACCACAUAUCCAAAAAGAUGAACGAGUUGAAUCUCAUAAGGUUCAAGCACAUCCCAAAAUGCCCUGGCUGUGACUGGCAUGACCUGCCAGAUGAGAAGGUGAAGCUAUCCACAGGGAAAAUGGUGGAUCUGAUCCCUAGGUACUUUCUCAAUACAUCCAAGAGGAACAAUCAGUGGAAAGGCCUGUAUGGGAGGCUGGACUGGGAGGGCAACUUCCCCACAUCAGUGACAGAUUCCCAGCCAAUGGGGAGGGUCGGCAUGUGCUUCCACCCUGAUAAGGACAGGAUCAUCACUGUUCGUGAAUGUGUGCGAUCCCAGGGCUUCCCUGAUGGCUACCAUUUCACUGGCAACAUCCGGAGCAAGCACAGGCAGAUCGGGAUUGCUUUGAGUGGGGCUUGCCCAUUAAUUAGAUCACCUGAGUAA